CUGCACACCCACGGUGAUAUCCAGGGCACAAACUUGAAGCAGCAAGCUCUUCCUGAGUUGCCUGCUUGGUUUCAGCUGCUGUGCUGCAUCAGCUGGGGUGUCUGCUUCCCCUGCUGCACCAAAUUUCUUUCAGGAUGCUACAAGAGUUCAUCUCUUCCAGAAAGUACAUCUUCGUGAUGCCUCAGGGAUGAUGUGGGAACCUCUUGGGAAAGUACUUACUGCCCAUUGGAGAGCUUUGCUGGAACCAUGUGGAUUUACUGUUGUCUUGGAGAGUGUAGCAAAAACCUGUGAUGCUGUUUUUUUCCUCUUGGGAAAAGGGGCAAAACAUGAAAGUGCUUGCAGGAUGAAGAAAGCGUGGGAAUUUGUGCUCCUAGUUAAAAAUUAAGACCCAGAAGAGCCAGCUUGCCUGCUCUGUACCAAGCUGUUGUGCUUUACUGGAAUUCCUGUGUUGCUGCCAGGCACGUCUGGCUGAGUGAGAGCAUUCCCUCUGGGAAGAUAUCCAAGUGUCCUGUCCUGCCAACUGGUCCUGCUGAUGGAGGAACCCAGUGUUGUAUUGUGCUGGAUGGUUUCUGUGCUGCUUCCUUUCCUCUCCCUCUGCCCCCUGCCUAAGAAGCACCCAAGAGGCCUAUCCUGGAGUGAGAUUUUCUUCUGAGACCUUGACCAGAGAGAGUGAUCUUUUCUGGCAGGCGGGAGAAGGAAAUGACAAGGGAAAAAUAAGAAGACUCGUUGCUUUAAUCCUUUCUCACAAGCUAUUUCUAGCUACCAGGAUAAGCAUGUGAGACUGUCACCAGAGCUUUGGAGUGCAAAUCUGAGCCCACGUGCUGGGUGCACUGCUCCUCUGGGCAGGAACAAGCUGUUGUGAUCACCCUUGAGUGGAAAAAACCACGCAUGCUGGGAUGCUAAAUUGAUUUUGACACUUGGGCAAACUGUUGAAACUCAGCAACUGCUCUGGCCAAGUAUUCCUCAAGUAAAGCCUCAGUUCCUGUACCAUGUACCAGCCUGGCUUUGUACCACGGGACUACUGUCCAACCAUGAUCCCAUCUCCUCCCUACACCUACCUACCACUGCGUCCUGGGGGAGCAGAAGACCCAAGCAGCUCCACGAUGUUCCCUCCCAUCUACAUGCACAACUUCUACAGCCGUCCCAUGACCUUUGUGGUAGACAGAAGCAGCUAUCCUGACUAUGCGGGCAGUCAGGUAGAGUACCACCACUUGUACGGUGCUUCCAACCCCUACUUCCAUCCGUACUAUACCUGGCAUUUACCCCCUGUGGUCCCUGUCCCACUGUAUAAUCCGUAUGCAAACUACAAUCCCUAUGCUGCCUACCAGAGGUCAGACCGUUAUCGAGAUACGUGGCCAGAUGGCUUCACCAUGAGAGGGGAGCUUCAGUGGGGGAAGCUUAGGAAGGUGUUUGGACCGAGGAAAGACCUCCCAGAAUUUGUUAAGGAUGAUCUCCGGAGGGUUUAUGGCACCUACCCACAGACCAAUGUCUCCAUCACCUACCGGAAAGGGGAGUUCUUAGUCAAAGCAGACCCCAAGGUAGGAGAGCAAGAAUACACAGUGGAGAAAAAUGUCAUCCAGAGGGCUCUGACCCCCAGUGCCAGCGAGGCAGAUGACAGCAGUGAGGACCGGAACAGGAAGAAGAAAAAGAAACUGAGACAUUGACGUAGUUGGUCACACAAUAAACAGAUGCUCCACAGCUCCAGGGAGUCAGCUGGCAGCUAGAAAACAACUCAAGCAAUGGGUGCCACUGCUACCCUGGGCUUUUAACUCCUCUGUGUCCUCCACAAGCUUAUGGCAGCUUCACCUGUUUGAUGCACAAUGCCUGUCCUGUGAAGAAACCACCUGGCACUUGUCUGUCUGUCAGAUCAGCUCUUUGGUCCUGGUUUUGGAAUGCAUGCAUGCUUACCACUGGUUUGGUCAGGUGGCCACGGGGUGGGAGGGGAUUCCCAGAGAGCAGCCCUUGGUGAGAUGGCCCUCUUCCUACACUGUCCAGGGGCAGGUCCUAGGAGCUGGAUCCCUUUCUGGCACUCAGCCGAGGAGAUCAAAACUGGAUUUCCUUCAAGUUGAAGGCAGUGCAAGUCCCAGAUGGGUGAGGGGUGCUCUGGAACUGUAAAGAGUAAUUGUCUGCGUGUCAUCACUGCUGUUUUAUGGAUGUACCAUUGUACUUAUGGUGUGAUGCCUGCACACAGCACUUUGCUGCACUCUGGCAGAAGAUCCCUGUGUCCUGAUCCUCUUACACUUGGUAACCUGGUGCUUGUUCCUCCUGGCCGUGUGUCCUGGCUGAAGUGACUGCCUGAGGCUCUCCCCUGGGUCUGACCCAGCUCUGGCUGGAGGUGCUGCCUUGCUGCAGAUAGCAGAGCUCUGUGUCCUGUGGCACCUCCACAGCUGCUCUCCUGGGUCUGAGAAUGACUUGCUUGCAAACUUGUGUCUUUUAAAUGAUUAUAAAUAAACAAUUCAAAAAAGAA